GCUUCUGCCUGACCCGCCCUGGCUCGCAGAGAGAGACUAGGAGUUGCCGCCGGCGGAGAGAAGUGGUGAAGGACUUCUCCUGCCGUCCUCCUGUUUCUUUGAUCAUUAGAGAGCUAGGGUUAGGGUUUACCCGCUCUGCGAAGAUGCUGAGGCGAUUGGCCCUCCGUUCCGCCACCGUCGCGGCUCCGGCGAUCCGUUCAGCGGACAAGAUUCUCGUUCCUGGACGCGGCGAGGGACCUUUCCCUGCCAAUCCUCGAUCUCAGACGUUCCUGCGGAGUUUCAUUGAUCUCCACCAGAUGGGCAACAAGGAAUCCAUCGAGAAGGAGCGAGCUCGACUUUCAGAUGAAUUAAGUAGAGGAUACUUUGCUGACAUCUCAGAGAUCCGUAAAAAUGGUGGUAAGAUCGCAAUUGCGAAUAAAACUAUCAUUCCAUCACUAGCAGCAGUUAAGUUCCCUGAUUUGGAAGUGAACUUUGCGGAUGGUAGAAGUUUAAAAUUACCAAUUAGUUCUGAACAAAGUGGAACUGAUACCAGUGAAUUGCCUAUUCCUUGUGCAUCAUUGUUGUGUCUUUCCUUUCGAGCAAGCUCGCAGGCAAUGGCUGAAUCAUGGAGUAUUCCUUUUCUGGAUGCUUUUAGUGCUCUGGGAAGAAUCCAAAUAUAUGAGGUAUCAUUUAUAGACUCUUGGUUAUUGUCAUUGGCUCCAGUUCGGAAUUUAUUCCUCAAAUUGAUGAGGAAUUCCAACGAUCCCCAGAGACAAAUUGUUUACACAUUUGGUGACCACUACCAUUUCAGGAAGAAGCUUCAUAUAUUGAAUCUUCUCACUGGGUAUAUUUUUUUGCUUGAUAGGUUAGGCAGAAUUAGAUGGCAAGGUUUUGGCUCUGCAACACAGGAAGAACUGUCAUCGCUUAUGUCAUGCGCAUCCCUUUUGUUAGAUGAGAAAUGAGGAUACAAAAUUAUGUAGUGUCGUCAAGGAAGGUGACUAAGUAACCAUGAAGUGGAUAUGUGGUAGCUAGGUCAUAUAGUCCAAUUUCCUUUUUUCGGGUCGUGGUGAUUAUGAUGCACAGGGAGUGAUUACAAUUAUACGGCACUCCUAUUUUGUGGUUAUUGAAGUCCUGAGGGAUGAGAAUCCUAUCUUUAGAUAGGUUUUUGAUAGGAAAAAUGAAAAGCCAAUGUGUUGGCAAAAAGUACUGGUGUAUCUUUCUUGUUAAAAGACUAUCACCAAUGGGCCAAUUAUUUUUGCCUCUUGUGCAGCAUGCUCUGUUAGCAUGGCCUUUCUUGUAUUAAUUGAAUGGAUAAUUAUCAGGAUCACACUACAUAAUCUGUAUUAAACAAACCAUCCAUUUUAUAAGGAAGCCUGACAGUAGGCAAAUUAGUGGAAUUAACAGGCACUUGAUCAUAAUCUUCUAGGCACUUGAUUUAAAUUAUUAUGCAUGUCCUAUUUUUUCAGUUUUAGUGAUGGCAUCUAGAGUUGCUGAUGAACUUCGGAUACCUGAUGUGUAUAUGUUUUUGGGGCUGUGUUUGAGAAUAUGCAUCAAAAAUUAGAUGGUAUCUGGUUGCCUUGUUGGGGGACUGAAUUGCCCCUCAUUACAAUUUGGAGAAAUUACCUGCAACUGAUCAUAACCUUUCUGCAUGUGCAAUUGUUGGUUAUGAAACAUCCCAUAUAUAUCUAAUGUGUGCUGCAUAUCAUCUGAAUAUUGAUGGUCGCAAGGAGUUUUUCUUCUCUUGAGAGAUUUUCAUAUAAAAUGAAUAAAAAUAUUCUUUUAGGAGGUUGGUAAAGUUCUGGUAGUUUUCUUGGUAAAUUUCAUUACUGAAUAUUAUGUAUUUGCCUCUCAAAUACUUUUUUCCCUCUUUUUUUUACGUUUCUAAAUUUGGACUUUAUUUCUAUCUUUUGUAAUUUA